UGCCGUAGGAAACACGGAAAAACUGUGGAUAUGGUGGAAGAUGGUUAGCUUGCUAGCCGUUUUAGGCUGUUUAUUUUCAUGGAAAAAUGUUUAGUAAGAAGUGAUACUUUAUCUGCUGAUGAAGGAGAAUGUGGCGGGGAUGUGGCUAAAUAAUGGGAAACGUUUUUGGGAGAAAGAGUCGACCUUCUCGUGUAACGGAACAAGACAAAGCCAUUUUGCAAUUGAAACAGCAGAGAGAUAAGCUGAAGCAGUACCAAAAGAGAAUCACUCUACAAUUGGAGAAAGAGCGACUUCUGGCAAAGCAAUUGCUAAAAGAUGGCAGGAAAGAAAAGGCUCUGCUGCUUCUUAAGAAGAAGCGGUAUCAGGAUCAGCUUCUAGACAAGACAGAAAAUCAGAUUUCUAACCUGGAGCGCAUGGUUCAAGAUAUUGAAUUCAUGCAAAUUGAGAUGAAAGUCAUCGAGGGGCUUAAAGUUGGCAAUGAUUGUCUGAAGAGUAUGCACGAGAUAAUGUCAAUAGAAGAUGUGGAGAGAAUCCUGGAUGAGACCCAAGAAUCAAUUGAAUAUCAAAGGCAAAUAGACGAAAUGCUGGCCGGAUCCCUGACGCAGGAGGAUGAGGAUGCUGUUUUAGCAGAGCUGGAAGCUAUCACUCAGGGAGAAGAUGUAGCACUUCCAGAGGUCCCAACUGAACCAAUACCAGAAGUCCCAGAGGCAGCUAAAGCUGGACCAGAGAGGAGAGAAGCAAAGGACAAGCCAGACAGAGAGAUGCUGACAGCGUAACAGACUUGAUUUGUGGUUUAUAUUCAGUGUUGACCUCCCAUUACAGUAGGCUCUCUAUGUCCUGAUGGGGAUUCUGUUAAUUUCAGUAUUUCAUCCUUCAUUGUUAGUGGGGACCUGCAGAUCGUAUUUGGGUUUGCUGCUCCCCUCAAAUAACUACAUAAAUGAAGUGAAAUGUUCUUUUCCUCUGUGUCUGACAUGCAUUAGAAAAGUGAUGUCACAUUGUAACUGUACUGGUUAUGGCAUAACUGAAAUUACAAGACUCAUUUUUAGAUGUUUUACACAUAAAAUUCAGUUGUUUCUACGUAUUAAAUUAAGCUGUGGCAACAA